UUGUUGUUGUCGGUUCGCAGAUGACGGAAUUGCUGAUGCAGCAGCAUGAUGGUGGUGGCGGAGGCGGUCGCCGCGACUUUGUCGGCGUGCGACGUUGUCGCAGUCCGGCGGUGGCGCGCUACUCGGCCUACGAGGAGCGACCGAGUGGCCUGGGGCUGUGCGAACUGAAGCAUAGCAAGAGCGACGACCUCGUGCUGCAGAGUGCUCCCUCGCAGCCGCCCGAGAUGCAUCACGGCAUCAGCGAUGUCGCCCUACAGAUACAG